AUGUGCGCCGAGGCCGUGGCCGCACACGCGGACGAGCAGAGCGGCGCGAAUACGACCCGCCAGCGACGACGAGGAGGCGCGAGCGGCGUCAAAGAGGGAGCGGCAAGCGGCGAAGCGAGCGUCUUGAGCGCCGGGCCGCCGCCGCCCCCCGCUGCCUGGCCGUCGGGUCAUGGCGCAGGAGCAAGACGAACCCCCGCCGAAGCUCCGUCGAGUUCCAACGCCAGCAGCAGCAGCUACGACGAGUACGCCACCGAAUCCCCGCCUUUGGAGCCCGGCACCCCUCGGAGCAAAGUGAAGCGGGUGAGGAACCCCUUCUACCCGCUGAGCGCGGCGGCGUACGGCGCCUACGCGCUGCUGGCGGCCGCCUUGGCGCUGGUGUGCGCGGGCGUGCUGGGCAACGUGUCGCUCAUGUGCAUGGUGUGCCACAACUACUACAUGAGGAGCAUCUCCAACUCGCUGCUGGCCAACAUGGCGCUGUGGGACUUCCUGGUGCUCUUCUUGUGCCUGCCGCUGGUGCUCUUCCACGCCCUCACCGACGACUGGCUGCUCGGGGAAACGUCCUGCAGGCUCGUCCCUUACCUGGAGGUGGCGUCUCUCGGUGUGACCACGUUCACCCUCUGCGCCCUCUGCAUCGACCGCUUCCGCGCCGCCGCCAACGUGCGUUCCUACUACGAGAUGACGGACAACUGGGCGUCCACCAGCGCCAAGCUGGCCGUCAUCUGGCUGGGCGCCCUGCUGCUGGCCCUGCCCGAGCUCCUCAUCCGCCAGCUGGUGACGGAGGAGGCCGCCGCCGGCGAGGACGCGGCGGCCUGCGAGCGCUGCGUGCUACGCGUGUCCACCCGCCUGCCGGACACGCUGUACGUUCUGGGCCUGACGUACGGCGGCGCCCGCCUGUGGUGGUUCUUCGGCUGCUACUUCUGUCUCCCCACGCUCUUCACCAUCUUCUGCUCGCUGGCCACCGCCCACAAGAUCCGCGGCGCCGAGCGGUCGGCGGCGCCCACUCGCGGCACCAAGAAGCAGAUCCGCCUGGAGAGCCAGAUGAACUGCACGGUGGUGGCGCUCGCCAUCCUCUACGGCUUCUGCCUCAUCCCCGAGAACGUCUGCAACGUGGUGAUGGCCUACAUGGCGGCGGGGGUGGCGCCCCGCACCCUGGACGUCCUGCAGCUGCUGAGUCAGCUGCUUCUGUUCUGCAAGGCGGCCGCCGCCCCGCUGUUGGUCCUGUCCCUGUGCGAGCCGUUCCGCCGGGCCGUUCUAGACUGUUGCUGCUGUUGCUGCCGAGAGUGCGGCGGCCCGAGCGCCGGUGGCGCCGAGCUGGAGCUAGCGCGCUGCGACGCGGCCCCCCGACGACGGGGGGGAGACGUCGGCAAAUUACGCCUCGGUGGGGACGCACUGCUGAGACCCGCCCGAGACUCACCGGCCGAUGCUGUUGAUAGAUGGCUACGGACGCUUUGAGUCAACCAAGUUUACGCUGGAGCCAGAAAGCAUCUCUUCUCUUCCGGUACUUGAUAACAGCGCCACCUAGCGAGACUGGUAUCUGUGAGCGUCGUGGUUUUGGCAGCAGGGCAGUGGUGAGCGUCUAGCCACAACUCCUGCCGCUACGACCCAGCGUGACUGUGACUGAGACUAGUCGGUCACAAGCUAACCUAAACGUAGACGAAUGUUGCGUUCCUUUCAUUUCCACCGGCGCGUUCGGGCGCCCAUCGCCCACCAAGCGUCACGAUUGUACUUUAGCUGGUAAUGUAGCCGUGUGCUCACUUUAUAGGCAAGAUUAAAAAAGUUCCACGUG